AUGUUCACACGUAGUACUUGCUUUCAUAUCAAUGUCCGAUCCCACAAGCAACUAUGGAGUCUAGUCUCAGACCAGCCUUAUGUCCGCAAGAUCUCGUUGAUGUCCACCUUCACUCCCCUAAAGUCAGAUAAGACGAACCGGGAUACAGACGCGUCCAACGCUUCUCGAACAUCAACCGCAAGGCCUAGCAAGCCGCAGUACAGGCUAAUUGAAGACGUCGAAGACCCGCACAGAUACUGCCCCGGAGGAUACCACCCCCUAGAGAUCGGAGACGACCUAAACAAGGGCCGAUAUCGACUGGUUGACAAACUAGGGUAUGGAGGAUACUCGACUAUAUGGCUAGCCCGGGACCUACACCGGGCCAGAUACGUGGCAGUGAAAGCCAUUACCGCUGAUGCUAGCACCUCUACACCAGAGGCUAGUCUUCUAUCCUCUCUGGGAAACUCACCACCUGGACUAGGAAGUGAGAUCUCCCCACGACUCUUAGAUGAAUUGGAUUGCCGGGCCCAAUGGGAAGCAUAG